CGGUAGGAGGCGCUGCUGCUACUGAGGUAAACAAAUCUGUGGUGAACUUUCGUCGAUCGCAAAAAGAAAGUAAAAACUUUUCUGCAUGCGAAAACAAAUCUGCUAUAUUUGUACUGUUGGACGAAGCCUAUGGACCCGACAAAUAACAACACUGGGGGUCCGAAACUGACGCCAGAUCCAGGGGGAUCAGUUCACGAUAAGUUAUCAGUGGAGGUGUUUGGUCAACAGCUGAGUGAACCAGGACGUUUUGCUUAUGCUGGAUUAUGUGGUGUGUCCCUGGGUCAUCUGUUUCAUGGACCUGAGCAAAAGAGUUUCCGUGAGACAUAUCUGGAGAGUCUCGUACGAUGGCUGAAUCUAGACGAGUCUGUCAUGCCGGUAAUGCAGGCUUUCUUGGCAGGGCACGGGUUUGAAGGUACUGACACCUUCCUGUCUAUCUUACAUGCAGAGCCACUGCUCAAAAAUGGAGCGUUACCAAUCACUCAGGAUCUCGUAUCAUUCUCUGUCAAAGAUGGACUUUACGAUGCGAGAGCUCGGGUUCUGAUCCGACACGUGAGCUGUCUCCUGCGCGUCUCCCAGCAGCAGCUGGAAGAUUUUGAAGAGACUCUCGGAGAGAAAUUGAGAGAGGCAGUGGAGGAGAGCGAAGAAGAAUCAUCUAGAAGGCAAAAGAAGGAAAGAGGGCGUAAAUUGCGACGCUACCUGCUGAUUGGUCUAGCCACUGUUGGCGGCGGGACUGUGAUUGGUUUGACCGGAGGGCUGGCGGCUCCUCUGGUGGCCGCUGGGGCCGGGGCCGUGUUGGGAGCCGGUGGAGCGGCUGCUUUAGGAUCGGUCACAGGCAUUGCUAUCAUGGCCUCUCUGUUUGGAGCGGCUGGUGCUGGAUUAACAGGUUAUAAAAUGAACAAGCGUGUCGGUGCCAUACAAGAAUUUGAGUUUCUGCCGUUGAGUUCUGGAAAGCAUCUUCAUGUCACCAUAGCCGUGACCGGGUGGCUCUGCACUGGCAAAUACAGUUCGUUUCAAGCACCGUGGUCCAGUCUGGGAGCAUGCGGUGAGAAAUAUUGUCUGAAAUGGGAAUCGCGUUACUUAUUAGACCUGGGCUCGAUUGUGGACUCAUUAUGGGAUGGGCUUGCCAGUGUUGUGGCUCAGGAAGCCCUCAAAUACACAGUUUUAUCAGGUAUAGUAGCAGCUUUAACAUGGCCCGCGUCUCUGCUGGCUGUAGCCAGUGUGAUCGACAACCCUUGGGGCGUUUGCCUGAGCCGCUCGGCAGCAGUGGGCAAGCAUCUCGCCCAGGUUCUGCGGAGCAGACAGCAGGGAAAGCGACCCGUCAGCCUGAUCGGUUUUAGUCUCGGUGCACGUGUCAUAUACUUCUGCCUGGAGGAGCUGGCUAAUGAUCAAGGUAGUGAAGGUGUGGUAGAAGACGUGGUGCUGCUGGGAGCCCCGGUGGACGGUUCGGUGAAGACUUGGCAGCGGCUGUCUAGGGUCGUGGCUGGGAAGAUUGUCAAUGGAUAUAGCAGAGGCGAUUGGCUUCUUGGAUUCCUGUACAGAAGUUCAUCUGUGCAGCUAUCUGUCGCUGGGCUCCAGCCAAUCAAUUCACAAGACCGGAAAAUCAUAAAUGUGGAUCUGUCAUCAGUGGUGAACGGACAUCUGGACUAUAUGCGUCAGAUGGACACAAUCCUUGUGGCAGUCGGGGUUCCUACUAGAGAAGAAGCCAGUGGCAGCCAGUUACAGCUGGUUAAUUUAACUAAGGAUAAACUAGACAUACCAGCGUCUGAACCAGAUGAUCAGAAAGAGGAACCAUCAAACAAAGACACAACAGAGACCAGUUUAAGUGAAAGCAUAAACCAGACUGAAGAAAAGGUGCGGGGCAAGAGGACGGACUCGGAGAAUUGCUGGGACAUUCCUGAUAUAUCCGACUUACUAGACUCUAUUAAUGAUUGCGACCCCAGUCAGAGGUUGGAUCGGUCAACGUGUGCCCCCCUUGAAAAUGUAUCAGACAAUGACACUAAUCUUGACCAUGCAUCUUGGGACUGGGACAACACACACUGGACUACUGAAACUGACUCAAACACAAGCCAACAAUCACACACUGAAGCACAGGACCAAUUAGCCAAUGGCAAACCUGCUUGUUCUGAGCCAAGCACAACGACGUCAUAACGUUCGCAUAAUUCUCAACUCACAAAAUGUUUGUGUCUGGAUUGUAAACUUCGCUCUGUGAAAUAUUUGAGAUUCACAUUUGCUGCUAGCAAGACUGAUACACUGCAAAAAAUGAAAACAUUUUCUUAGUAUUUUUGUCUUGUUUUCUAAAAAUUCUUAAAUUAAGAUGCUU